AUGGAACAUUUAAGCGGUCAACAAUUACUUCAACAAGCUGCCAAAUUAAUUGCUGAAAAUAAUUUAGAUGAAGCUGUUAAAAUUUUUAGUAUUCUUGUUGAAAAAUUACCUGAUGCUCAUUUACCUUUGUUGAGUAGGUGUACUUGUUUGAUUCAAUUAGAGAGAUAUGAAGAAGCAAAAAUUGAUGCUGAAAAGAUCCUUGCUUUACCAAAUAUUCCAAUUAGCGAUGAUAUAGCACCUGGAAAUACUACUUUACAUUCUGUCGGUUAUGCUCGAUUGGCAAAAUGUUAUAAAGAACUUGGUCAGAUCGAAGAAGCCGAAAAAUUAAUAAAAAAACGUCAAGAACUUGAAAAAAAAGUAGUAACCCGUAAAGAUAUUGAAAAUAUGAAUGUUAAUUCAUCUAUUGAUUCCAACGAUGAUGAUGAUAAAAUAAUAUCUGAAAAAUCUGCUGAAAAAUUAAGAUUACAAGGAAAUGAACUUUAUAAAAAACAAAAAUAUAAUGAAAGUUUAGAAAAAUAUAUGAAAGCAUUUGAAAUAGAUCCAAAUGAUUUAUUAGUUAAUUCUAAUUGUGCUCAAGCUUAUUUGAAACUUGGUAAAUUGGAUGAAGCCCUUAUUCAUGCCGAAACUUGCAUUCGUAUAGAUUCAAAAUUUGCAAAAGGAUAUUAUCGUAAAGGCUGCGUAUUACUUGAGAAAAAAAAUUUUGUCGAAUCAAUUUCCGCAUUUCAACUGGCAAAACGUUAUGGUGCUGCUAAAGAAUCUGAUUUGGAAAAGAAGAUUGAAUUUGCAAAUAAACAAAUUAAGCAACAAAGCAAAAAUGUUUCUAAUGAUACUUUUCGUAUUUUUUUAUCUAGAUUUAGGUUAUCCUCAUUCACUAUUACUGCAUUAGUGGUGGUUUUGAUUUCUAUAAUCGCUUGGUUUUUCUUUGACAUCUCUGUCUUUAAUUACUUUAAAGAUUUCUUUUAUUGGUUAUUGAAUUCUUAUUUUGGUGAUAUUUGGUAA